AUGCCAAUCGACCCGCCCUUCGCGCCGUCGUUGUUUCCGAAGCAAGCUCCUUUGAAACCGGCUCUUCUCUCUCGAAACUCAUUCGAAGCCGCUGCCGCUGCGCAGCACGCGUUUCAGCAACACCUCGGUAAAGACCAGACAUGGGAUACCACAAUCGAACGUAUCGUCAAGGGAAUUGUCUCAAUCAGAGCUUCGGCUGUGCGUGCAUUUGAUACUGAGGCCAGUGGGGACUAUACUGCUACCGGCUUUGUCGUCGACAAGGAACGCGGAAUCAUCCUUUCCAAUCGACAUGUGGUCAACCCCGCCCCAAUCACUGCCACUGCUGUUUUCGUAAAUUACGAGGAAGCACCUCUGCGCCCAAUCUACCGCGACCCGGUCCACGACUUUGGCUUCUUCCAGUACGACCCCGAGAAAAUCCGGUUUCUCGACGUCGAAGAGAUUGAACUGAGACCAGAUCUCGCAAAAGUCGGUCUUUCAAUCAAAGUCGUCGGCAACGACUCUGGCGAGAAACUCAGUAUUCUCGGCAGCACGCUCGCGCGUCUUGACCGCGGCGCACCGCGCUACGGAGACGACUUGUACGAGGAUUUCAAUACGUUUUAUUACCAGGCUGCUACUGGUACCUCUGGUGGAUCAUCGGGCUCACCGGUGCUCAAUAUCUCGGGCCAGGCAAUUGCUCUGAACGCCGGCGGAUCGAAGCGCUCCGCGUCGUCAUUCUACCUUCCUCUCGACCGUGUUGUGCGCGCACUCAACUGCCUUCGCAAUGGCCUACCCAUCACGCGCGGUACUCUGCAGACCGAGUUUGUUCACCGCUCAUACGAUGAGCUUCGACGGCUUGGUCUAUCGCCCGAAUCAGAAGCUUCCUGCCGCAGCUGGAAUCCUUCCUCAACCGGUUUACUCACAGUCGCGCGAGUCCUCCCUGGCGGUCCUGCGCACGGCAGGCUUGAGCCCGGCGAUAUCCUUAUCGCUUGUAAUGAUGUGAUCCUCGACAGCUUUGUGCCUUUAUUCGAUAUCAUUGAUAGCAACAUCAACUCCUCUGUCCGGCUCUCGCUGUACAGAGGUACGGAGGCAUUUGAGUGCUCUGUCGUCGUAGGCGACCUGCACGCCAUCACUCCCGACCGCUUUGCCGAAGUCGGCGGCGCGAUCUUCCACGACCUCUCGUACCAGCAAGCCCGUUCCUACGGCAUGCCAGUCAAGGACCAAGGUGUCUACGUCGCGCUCUCGGGUAUGCUAAACUGGAGUUCUCUCACGCGUAACUACCUCCUGACCUCUUUCGCCGGCCGGCCGACGCCUAACCUCGACGCGUUUCUCGAGAUCCUGAAGACUGUCCCGGACUCUGCGCGUGUUCCGUCGCGGACGAAGGAUUUGGGCGCCUCACGGGAGACAGUCGGGGUAGUCACUGUCGAUCGCCAUUUCAAUCAGGAGCAUCUGUUCGUGCGGAAUGAUAAGACUGGCGUUUGGGAUCGUCAGAAGUUGCUUCCUGCGACCGCCGAACCAUGCGCGUCUGCGUCUUCCACCGAGGAAGACGUCGUUGAAGAAGAGGAUGACGAGGAGGAAGACGAUGAUCCAUUGACUCCUCUUCGUGAAAGCUUGAUCUACGUCAACGUGCGCCUUCCAUUCAGCGUGAACGGCUACAGCUCCUCCAACGCAUACUACGGCGUCGGCACCCUUCUAUCCCUCGAAAACGACUUCCCUAUCAUCGCAGUCGACCGCGCUGCCGUACCCUCCGAGGUCGUUGACGUGCGCUUGACGAUCCAACAUCACUACGUCACCGGCCGCGUUAUCGCCAUGGAUCGCCUGGCGUACCUGACUUUCAACCUCGCCGAUCUUCCAAAGGGCGUGAAACUUCGCACUGCAGAAUUCGACGCCGAUGCGCGACUGAAGAUCAAGGACGAAGUCACUGUCGUCGGUUUGACAAGUUCGCAAUCAUUCGUCGAGAAAAGCACGACCGUGUCGCAGCUCGGCGAUGUGGGGACUACAAAGUGCAACCCGCCGCGGUUCAGGCUGAUCAACGUCGAAGGAAUCUCUCUGGCAGAUAGCGUAUCCUGCGACGGUGGCCUGAUUGCGCAAAAGCACACCGAGAAGUAUGACGAUCCGGCGGGCGGCGAAGCCAAGGAGCGGGGGGUGUUCAAGAUCGUCGCGUUGUGGGUGAACGCUUCUUCGCAAAACAGUUCGGACGCAGACAUAUUUUGGAAAACCGGAAUGGUCUACAGCGUCUACAUCAAGUCCGUUGUCGACAGCAUCCGGCGCAGUGUAGCGCAGGCCCACACCUCGCCCUCUUUGUCAACAGUCGACGCUCUCAAAGCCGAAUUGCCGAAAUCUCGCACGUUCAACGUCGAGACCGGCGUCGUCUCGCUCACGGUCGCGACAAGUCUCGGUCUGCGCGCCUCCCGCAUCAAGCAGUUCACAAAACUGUCGAAGACGCUCCUGAACACCAGCAACGUCAAGUUUGUGAAUGUACUCGAGAAGUUUUCUCACGCUGAUUCGGAGGUCAACGAGGCUAAUGAUCUUGUCUCGGGAGAUAUCUUGCUCGAAAUCGACGGCGUGCCGGUCGUGCGCUUGCUCGAUCUCGAACUGCAACUGCAGGACCUGUCCAAGGACUCUUUCCAAUUCACGAUCCUCCGCGGCGGUGCCGAGAAAACUAUCACUAUCCGUCCGCUACCAGAUAUGUCGAGCGGCCUCGUGGCGCCAAAGAUUGUGCAGUGGAGCGGCGCGUACCUGCACGAGACCUUUUCCGAGGCCAUCGAGCAAGUCGCGCACAACACCAAACUCGUACCUCUCUCGCGCGGCGUAUACGUCGGUUCGGUGUCCUACGGCGCGCCGGCGCUGAACAACAUCCGCCCUGCGCAGUGGAUCAUCGAGAUUGACGACGUCAUGGUCGACUCGAUUGACAGAUUCCUGCAAGUCGUGCGCGAGAAGCAGAAGUGGAGCGAUGGCCAGUUUGUCAGGGUUAAGCUCGUGAAUAGAAAGGAUGUCACGAGCGUGGUCAGCGUGCAAGUCAAUGAGCGGUAUUGGCCGUCUCGAUGCCUUAUUAAGCGGCCGGAUGGAUUAUGGUGGCAGGAGGAUCUGUAG